AUGCUGUGCCACACCCUGAUCUUCAACUUAGCCUUUGCUGCUCACAUCGGGAUAGUCUCUGCGGCAAAUGCGCCCAUUCGGGGGCCGAGUGGACAAAGCAUGACUACGGAGCAGUUCGUUCGGGCCAAGCAAGCGCAUCGUGCGGACCCUUUGAACAACCCGGACCCAGUGAAGACAUUGGGUUUGCGCAAGAACACCGGGUAUGAUGUGAGAGAUGGCAAAGUUGGCCCAUGGCGUCCACGGAAUGAAUCAGAUGACCGUGAGCUCAUGGACGCAGACCUCCAGAGAGUGAUUGGGCAUCUUCCGAGCGGUCGUCCAGUGAGUCUUCAAGAUUUUUUGGAUGCCAAGGCGUUUCACAGGAAGAACCCAGAGACCUCAAAGCCACCGGAGCUGCAACUUCAAGGAAGCUCUUACUCUGCUUCUGAGGCAUUCAGCUCAAAGAGUGGUGGGAAAAGGAACGUCACACAGCGUAUCUUCAAGGCGCAUGUACCCGGUUCCGAAGCAUUUGUCUGGAACCAUCGAAUCCUGCCAAGCACAGCAGCUGCUCCUCCAGCUGCUGCUUGCACUCCUGCCAAGCCCCAGUCACUUCUGCCAGGUGUGGGCUUGCUGGGUCUUGGCGUUGGUGUGUCCUUGGUGCUGGGACUGGGAAGACCAUUGCUGCCAACUCGGAAGACGAGGUCAUCAAGGAGAUAUCGUGUAACAGAUGUACCGGAUGUGACGUUUCCUGGUCCACAAAUUUCUCUGGAGAUGCCGGCUUGCGUGUAUGAGCAACUCCCCACCUUCGAAGAUGCCACCGGGAGAUUUUACGGCUUGUCUGCAAACCAGCAGCAGACAAUUUUGUCGCAGCUGGAAGAAGUCAUUGUCCGGUAUGAACUGCAGAAUGUCGUAAGCGUGGCCAUCAAACACCGACAUUUUGAAAUGCCUGCAGGGCAAGUGUUGUUGGAGACACAGGACAUCCAGGCAAAGGAGUCUGUCAUGCGCCCAGCGCCGGCAUCAGAGCCUAAGAUUCCCUUUGCCUUUACUUGGUUCGGGGGCCAGUGGGUGCCGUAUGAGUUCGUUCAAGCCAGCUGUGAGUCUGCUUCUGCGGGUUUGCAGCUGGUGAUAGGCUGUGAAGGAUUCCUGAAAGCACUGUCGGAGGUUCUGAUUCAGCACGGUGUCGAGGACGUUAUUGCGUUCCAAGUGAUGCACCGACCACAUCUGAGUGGUGCAGGCCAUGGCACUGUCGAGACCUCCGGCAGUGAAGACCAAGAGCUGCUGAUCCGUCCUUACACACGUGAUCUCUUUGACAGCUUUGUGAAAAGCCAGUCUCCGAGUGUCCAGGCAUUUCCAAAUCCUUUUCAGCUGGCUGAUGUGCAGACGGCGACGACGGUUCCUGCCAAUGCUUCGCUUCUGGCCGCCAGGCAUUGUGCAGCCGGCACUGAAUUCAUGAUCACCUUUGCGUGGAAUUGGCUGGCAUUUUUCCUUCCUAUGCCGGUGUACCUGGCCAGCGCCACUCCGGGCGCACCCGCCCAGUAUGCAGGAUACCAGGCGGACUACAAGACCUAUGAGGACUACAAGAAGGAGAUGGAGUCGGCUGGCAAGGGCGCCAUGAACUAUACGGCCUUCACCAAGGCUUACGAGAAGUACCAGCAGUUCAUGGACUACCUCCAUAAGGAGGGAAGCCACUCCCCCGUGAACUUCCACAAGUUCCUGGCCGACUACGAGAAGUACAUGGAUUUCAAGAGCUACGUUGGCAAGGGCGCCCACCGCCAGGAAGAUCAGGCUCACAAUUUCAAGGAUUUUCUGAACUUCGAGCAGUAUCUCCAGUACUCCAGCAAAGGUGGCAGCGGAGACUACUACUUUAGCGGAGUCCAGUUCGACGCCUUGGAUAAGGCCACUGAGGGCAGUGAUGACGACGUGGGCUCCAGCGACACUCAGUCCAUUCUGUCCAACUUCGGUGGCGGAAACAUGGGUCAUGGCUUCGUGCCCAGCGGCACAACAGAUGGCGGCCCCAAAGGUGGCCUGCCUGCCGUCACAAACGACUUCCGGCAGUACAUGGACUAUUCCAAGUACAUGGGAAUCUCCCACCAGUACACCCAGAAGGACUGGAUGAGCGAGUGGCAGAAGUUCCAGCAGGAGGGUAGCCAGGACCAACAGGUCCCCUACUCGCCAAAGGACUGCAAGACCGAGGCGGAGCUCAACGCCUGGAAGGACAAGCAGACGAAGAUUGCCAAGACUUGGAUCCCCUCCAUGUACCAGGAGCCGACUCUGUCCAGCAUCGACAAGGAGUACAAGGACAACCUGGAGCGGAUCAAGCAUCCGGAGUCCCAGGAUGCGGCCGCCCCCCAGCCCGAGCCGGUCAUGCUCUCCAAGGAGGCCCCAGCUCCGCAGCCGCGAGCCGUGCGACCCUCCGCCGCCGGCGCCCGCAGCGCGCAGACCGCGACGGAGCUCGUCGCAUGGAGGGGCCAGAUGGGAGCCAUGGUGGAGACUCUCCCAGCCAAGGAGCAGGCCGAAUGGAAUGCCGUCUUGGACGGCGAGAUGGAGGCUGCUUUCAAGCGGUUGGGAGCUGGUUCUGAGACCAGUGAUGUGCAGCUGCUGGCGACGAAGGUCCCUGCAGCUCAGAAGUCCUCCAACUUUAGCCGAACGCUGCUGGCCUUCGUGGUGAGCUUUAGCAUGCCUGUGGCCGGCAUGUACAUCUACCGUGCCAUCAAGCAGGUGCCCGGCACUGAUCUCGACGCACGAUUCCUCGCAGCAGACGGUGAGGCGUGA